UAUUCAAAUCGCCCGCUCUAAAUUUCGUCUAAUCAUGACAAAGACAGAGAAGCAUUCUAUCCAUCUCUCUUAUUCUAUGUUCUAUGACCAAAACAGUGACGUACGUGGAGGCAGUGUUAAACAAUGGCCGAUUUUCCCACCGAACUCGAGUUUCCUGUUUGGGGCUUAUUACCAAAGAAGGAAACAGCAGUUAGCUCAUUUCUCAGCAAAUACCCCGAAUAUGAUGGCAGAGGCACGCUUAUUGGAAUCCUCGAUUCGGGAGUCGAUCCUGGAGCGCCGGGAUUACAGACCACGUCCGAUGGCAAAGUUAAGGUUAUACAUAGGUUUGACUGCAGCGGUUGUGGCGAUGUUGACACCAAAACGGUCGUACAACCGUACGAAAAUCAAAUAACUACGCUCAGUGGCCGAAUUUUGAAGAUUCCAAGUACGUGGAACAACCCUACAAAUAAUUACAGACUGGGGCUCAAGCACGCAUAUGACUUGUACCCCGAACGGUUAGAGGAACGCAUGGCUUCCGAAUACAAGGAGAAAAAGUGGGACGAACACCACCGGAAAGCCGUAGCUGAGAUCAAUAGACAACUGGUAGAAUUUGACGCUAAACACCCAAGGUCUCCUCCCUUUGCAGGUCCCCCCCUUUCCGACGCCGAUAAGCUGAUCAAGGAGGAUCUGGACGCGAAGCUUGAGAUUUUGACCAACUUCGAGAAGAAAUACCACGAUGCUGGGCCCAUCUAUGACUGUAUUUUGUUCCAUGAUGGGGAGAAAUGGGUGUGUUGCGUGGACACGCAAGAAGGGGACCUCGAAAAGUGCACCCUUUUGGGGGAGUACAGCAUCACGCACGAGUUUGCCCCCCUGACGCCCGGAGACAGUCUAAAUUUCAGUAUGAAUGUUCACGAUAAUGGCAAUACGCUAGAAUUAGUUGGCCUGUGUUCGAGUCACGGGACUCAUGUUGCCUCCAUUGCCGCCGCUUAUUUCCCCGAUAAUCCUGAGCAGUGUGGGGUUGCCCCCGGGGCUCAGAUUGCCUCAUUUACCAUUGGUGAUGGGCGGUUGGGCUCCAUGGAGACAGGGACGGCGCUAGUUAGGGCUAUUAUUAAGCUGAUGGAGCUCUCAAAAACGCAAAAAAUUCACGUUAUUAACAUGAGCUAUGGGGAACAUGCACACUUUUCUGACGGCGGGCGCAUCGGCGACCUAAUGAACGAAGUGGUGAACAAAUACGGUGUGGUGUGGGUGGCUUCCGCCGGCAACCACGGCCCGGCCUUAAGCACCAUCGGCACGCCGCCUGACAUAAGCCAGGAGACAAUAAUCGGUGUGGGGGCUUACGUCUCGCCCGAAAUGAUGGUGGCUGCGUACUCAAUGCGCCAGAAACUACCAGGCAUGCCGUUCACCUGGUCGUCCCGAGGCCCGUGCAUAGAUGGCGGCGUCGGCGUUACGAUUUGCGCCCCAGGGGGCGCCGUCACGUCCGUCCCCAAUUGCACCCUCCGGUACUCGCAGCUGAUGAACGGGACUUCGAUGGCUUCGCCCCACGUGGCGGGGGCUGUCAGUGUGCUGAUUUCGGGGCUGAAUCAGCAGAAUUUGCCCUAUUCGCCGUACAGCAUCAAACGGGCGAUUGAAAACACGGCGUGUUUUCUGACCGGGGUUGAGGUUUUCGCCCAGGGAAGUGGGCUGCUCCAAGUUGAUAAGUGCUUCGAGGCUUUGGUGAAGCACCACGAGGCGCCGGAGCGAAAUGUUAGGUUUCAUGUCAGCUGCGGAUCGUCGAAUUCGAAAGGGAUCUACAUUCGGUCGAAGCCGACGAAGAGUGCUUGCUCGUUUAAUAUAUCAGUCGAGCCGAACUUUCUUGACUCGGAUAAUGUGGAACCGGACGUUAAAAUUAAGUUUAAUAUGAAGUUAGCGCUGGUUUGUAACGCGUCGUAUGUGAGUUGUCCGACUCACUUGGACGUGUCGAAUGCUAGUCGAGUGUUUGCGAUUAAAGUCGACCCAACUGAGUUAGCCGUCGGAGUGCACAGCACAUUUAUCGAAGCUUUCGACGUGACGUGCGUGGCUAAAGGCCCAGUUUUCAAAAUCCCGGUUACUGUAGUCCAGCCGGUUGAAGUCAAACCGCCCAAACACACAGUCAGUUACAACUCGGUUCUGUUCAAACCGAACACCAUCAAGAGACACUUUUUCGUGGUGCCUCACUUCGCCACCUGGGCCGUUCUGCGGAUGACUUCAACGGACGAGGGCUCAGUCGGACGCUUCGUCGUACAUUCCAUGCAUUUGCUACCGAAACAAAGUUGCAAGACGUUGGAGUCGAACAAAGCGGUUACAGUAACCGCAAAUGUCGACUCGGUGAUGAGUUUCCAAGUGCGGAGCAAUUUUGUCUUAGAGGUGGUCAUUGCGAAGUAUUGGGCCAACUUGGGCGAACUUAGUUUAGACUAUUCGAUUUCGUUUUAUGGAGUUAAGCCCAAUUGUCAGUCGAUUACGAUGCACGCGGCUGAUGGCAUUCAUUCAGUCGAAGUGACGUCGCUGCAAGGCGAGGAGAUUCUACCCGCGAUCACUUUGAAAAAUUCCGUCCAGAUUUUGAAGCCAGCUGAGGGGAAAGUCUCGCCACUUACGGCAAGGGAUGUCAUCCCCCCUAACCGGCAAAUCUAUGAGCUUCUCCUAGUGUACAAUUUUACCUUAACUAAGGCAACGGAAGUAUCACCAAAUAUAGCUUUACUUAGCGAUGUUUUGUAUGAGUCGGAGUUUGAGUCGCAAUUGUGGUUGUUGUUCGACUCUAGUAAACAGCUCCUAGGCUGCGGAGACGCUUAUCCAUCUAAGUAUUCAAUUAAACUAGAAAAAGGCGAUUACGUGAUUCGUCUCCACGUGAGACACGAGAAAAAGGAGUAUUUGGAUAAACUAACCGAAGUUCCGUUGCUAUUGCAACAAAAGUUAAGCAAUGCGAUUACGCUUGACGUUUACAGUAGCUAUUCACAAGCUGCGAUUGCUGGUAAAAAAUCAAACGUUAGCCAUGGACUGCAUUCCACCGUUAUGCCCUUCUACAUUGCUCCCCUACCUGCCGAUAAGUUCGUAGCUAAAUCCAACAACCCGGCUCAUUUCCUCACCGGUUAUAUCACGUAUUGUAAGGACGACUUGGGGAAAAAAGUCGACUCGCACCCUUUCAAAUAUAUUUUAUUUGACUCUUCUCCGCCCAAAAAGUCCUCGAACGGCGCCGCCACCGUGGACAAAAGCGAUAAAAAUAAACUGGAGGAGUGUCGGGAACAAGUUCGCGACUUGAAAACGCAAUUUUUGUCCAAACUGGAUUCUUUGAAUGCGGAGAAAUUUUAUGACGAGUUUUUGGCUAAAUAUCCGGACCAUUUGCCUCUCCACACCGCCUAUUUGCAAGCCGUUGAUCCGAUUGACACAAGGAGGCCCUACCCGAACCUUUUAGUUAAUAUUCAAGUCACUAUGAUUAACAAAGACGUGCAACUUAAAUACAUUGGGGUCUGUAACAGUGCAAUGGAAAAUAUUAACGAAGAGGCGAUUUUGGCAUUUUCGGCCGUGAAAGCCGACCUGCGACCUGAUGCUGCCAAGAUUAAAACGUCGAUGGAACAAAAACGCAACAUUUUCUUGGAGUGUUUGUGUCGUAAGGGUAUCAUUCUGUGUCGCUUGUACAUGCUGGAGGAGAAAAACGAAUAUUUGUCCCAAAUCAACACGAUGUGGAAGACCCUAUCCCGCUUUAUUGACACGAACGAUUCUAAACUGGUGACUCCUUAUCUGGUGUAUUUCAUGAUGUGGCACGCCCACGUCCAUAAGCACUACGGUCGUGUGAUGAAAUACACCUUGAGGAUGCAAGAGGAAAAACCCUCCAAGGAGCUGGAGGAGAGACUCAUCGACUUGUGCAAAAUAAAUGACUGGGGGUAUUUAGGGGCUCACUUGCAGAGAAACCUACUUUCGAAAUUCCCCCUAUCGUACCGACCGUUUUAAAACUAGUUAAUGUUUUGUUCGCUUUGUUUUACGGGUAGUUUAAUAAUCGCCAAAUUGCUUUUUCAUGUUUUCUCGUUACCUGUGCUGUUUGAAUGAAUAAACGCAUUUUUCUGAAA